CUCAUGCAAACAUUGGAAUCAUCCAGAACAAAGUUCCCCAUUGCCAGAGUGCCAGACAGUUCACCCUAGUUACAAUUGUCCACCAACACUCCUAUGUGACACCUUUACCCCAACGCCAUCCUUUCUCGCCACGUUUCUCACUCCAUAGCCCAAUUACAACUGUGUACCCCCAAGACACGCCAAACUGCCGACUAAGCACAAGAACAUCACACGCUGACCUGUCCAUUUCACUCAUCAUAAACCAGUCAAUUCUCGAUUCCCACAUCCUCACAAAUCAUCCUCGGUAUCAGUUUCCGCACUCUCGUUUUAUGAUGACGAGUCAAGACGAAGCUUCGACCAAACAUGACCAACAACAACAGAAAUCCCCGCCCACGGCUCCACCUGCUGCUGACGUGGAGAGCCAGUCGGAGGCGGCACCGGCCGCAACCGGGUUCGGGGUGGCCGGGAUCAUACGGCGGUGGAAGAGAAAUGACAUGGUGACGAAAGGCGGGGUGGCGUUGAGAGGGCUGUCGUUGGUACUCUCUUUCCUGGCCUUCGUCAUCAUGGCCAGUAACAAACACGGGGAUUGGAAAGACUUCGAUAAGUAUGAAGAAUACAGGUAUUUGUUGGCAAUAGCUAUAUUGGCGACGUUUUAUUCCGCAGCACAAACUUUUAAACAUGCCACCGGAAAAGAGAUGUUUCAGCGCCGGACGUCCGCCUUGGCGGACUUCAUUGGAGACCAGAUUAUGGCAUACCUUCUGAUAUCAUCAGCAUCUUCGGCGAUUCCGUUAACAAAUAGAAUGAGGGAGUCACAAGACAACAUGUUUACAGACGCCUCGGCAUCUGCCAUUAGCAUGGCUUUUCUCGCUUUCGUUACCCUUGCACUCUUGGCUGUCAUUUCUGGGCACAAGUUAUCUUCUCAGUCUUAUAUAUGAUAGAAUUGACAGGCUUCACUUCUUUCACUCCAAAAUUUUCUUUCUCCUUUCAUCUUCUUGUGUAUGUAUGCAUGUAAAUUUACUUGGGAAAGCGAGUACUUUAGUGCUCGCAUUCGUUCAUGUAAUUUUUGAAUUGGUUUGGCGUGAUCCCACGCAUUAGGCCAUUGUGCAUAAUCUGAUGAUAUAUGUAAGAUAUGAUGUACAUCUUAUUUUACACAUGAAUACAUACUUUUCUUC